ACACCCACUGAAACAGUGCGCAACGCUCAAGUCAGUGCAUCGACCGCUUGUAGAGGAAUAAUCUAGCUUUGUUUUCAGAGUAAACUCUCCCAGUGAGAGGAUACCAUCCUCAUCUGAUGGAGUAAAAAAAAUAAAUAAAUAAAAAUAAUUUUGUCAUUUAAAUUUACCACAAUACCAACGUUCCCUUCAUUGCUAAGAGAACUAAUCACUGCUGCUUUCAUAAGGACCAUGCAGUCCCUCAAGAAGUACUUCACAGAAGGCCUAAUUCAGGUGGCAAUUCUCCUCAGUUUGGUGGGGAUACGUGUUGAUGUGAAUUCUUACUUUCCCCCUCUUCGUGAGAUCAUCCAUGGCCAAAGCUCAGCCCUCACCCAGACCCAGUUCCACAACUUCCACAACUCUCUGGAUGGACAUGGCCUCCACCCGAAAAGCGUGGACCUGGACGACUUCAACCCGACCCACAGGCUGUUGCGCUGGGUGCGCUCUCUGGAUCAGCUGCAAGUUCCCUCAGCAGAGCUUGAAGCCUGGCUGGUCCACAGAGACCCUGAGAACAGUUCUACAAUCAUGCCAGUCCAGGCUGGGGCCCUGGAUGGGGUUGAUGUAUUGGAGGACCCAGCAGGUUUGACCAUGAGGAUGGGAGGUGGAGAGACUGUUGGGUUGGGAUAUAGCCCAGUGGCCAGUGAGAGCCUGGAGUCAGUGGCUUCAGUCUCAAGAGUAGAUAAUGAGGACAUUAAAGAGGAAGAUGAAAAUCUUUUGUGGCAACAAGAACCCAAUCACGAUGUCUACCAGGAGCAGCUAUCUCAAAGUCAUCACCAGCACCUCAGUUUAUUUGAUGAAGACAGUGAGAAUGAACUUAUGGUUGACAGAUGGAGAAAUCCAUUCCCGUUUGAUAAUCAGUCAGGCAGCAUACUCGGGGAGGAUAUACAGUUUGCAGGUUUAGGGGAAAAUACCUCAUUUUCCAUUGAGGAAUGUCUGCAACUACUAGAAAAUGGCUUGCCCCUAGAAGACCAUCAACACGUGGCAGAUGCUGAUGCAGAGGACCCAUUAUAUCAUCAUGGGUCACUUUUCUCCCCACUACUGUCUGAACAUGAGCCUUUACUGGACCUAGAACAGCAAUGGCAAGAUGUUCAGGCCAUUAUGGAACCAGAGGAUAUGGAUGUUGGUGUCCCAUCAGACAAUUCUUACAUCAAUGUCGAUGUUGGUGUAGGAUCAAGUGAAACAGGAUCUAUGGAGAAUCCUGUCCACCAGUAUAUUAGCCUUCAGCAAAGUACACUGCCAACAUCCAGACAGAUCUGCUUUGGAAGCAGCCACGAAGACAGUUGCCCUUCCAACCAAAACCAGAUGCAGCACCUUUUAAACAACUCAUCUAAUAUAAAUUUGAAUUUGAAUGACUCCGACAUUGUAGACUACCUUCUUUCUCCUUCACUAGUCAGCUCCGAUGAAACCACACUUACCUAUUCCUCCAUAGAGGAACAAAGCCUGUCAAGCCUUUUUGAUCCUCUUUUAGAAGAAGCCAUGUUUAAUCAGAUCAGUCUGUUGGAUCUAGGCCAGGAGGAGGGAUUUGGCCAGUUACAGGAUUCCCAAAUGGAAGAACACGAAGAGACAGACUCGGACUCUGGUCUGUCUCUGCACUUCAGCCAAAGCCCGGCUUCCCCAAUUGGAUCAGAAUCCUCAUGUUCAUCCUCGACAUCCUCGUGGUCAUCCACAGAAUCAGCUCCUGAGGGGGCUGUAGGAUAUGCUUCCCUCAAAGAGGAACUGACAGAUGAUGAAGAAGAAGAAGAUGAAGAAGAAGGAGGAGCUGUUGGGGGUUUUAGUCCAGAGCAAAACAAGAUGUGCAGCACUUUCCUGCAGGCUGAGCACUUCCAUGUUGGCCAUGAUCACACCUACAACCAGCCCCAAUAUACUAGCCAAUGUCAGGCCACCAAACAGCAUGCAGAUGAAUCUCUUGAUCAUAAUGUCCAGGACAAGCUCUCCACCAGAGAUGAGAAGCGGGCACGUGCACUGAAGAUUCCAUUUUCCAAUGACCGAAUAAUUAAUUUGCCAGUCGAGGAGUUCAACCAACUUCUUGCCAAGCACCGUUUAAGUGAGGCACAACUCACACUCAUCAGAGACAUUAGGCGCAGAGGCAAAAAUAAGAUGGCUGCACAGAACUGUAGGCGUAGGAAAAUGAACGUGUUACUGGAUCUAGAGUGCAGCGUUGAUGGCCUGCACUGUCAUCGUGCCCGACUGCUCAGGGAAAAAUCUGAAAUCUUGCGCUCUGUCAGAGAGAUGAAGCAACGGCUUAAUGACCUUUAUCAGGAGGUAUACAGUAGACUCAGGGAGGAGCAAGGAAUCCUCUGCUCAACCAUUGACCCAACCCUGCAGCAGGGCAACCAUAGCCACGUGUCAAUCUCCACACAUCACGGCUCAGAAUCCAGACGAAAAUCUAACAAAAGGCGCAAAGAUGAGGAGUGAGAUAUAUCACAUUAUUUUCCAGACGGUUUUAUUCAAAGCGACUUACAAUUUUGACUGAGUACAAUUUGAGCAACUGAGAGUUAAGGGUCUUGCUCAGGGGCCC